AUGGGUUCCGGAAGUGUAACUGUCUACGAGAUGGUGAAUGAGGCUUGGGCUCUUAUGGAUGUGAUUCUCGUUGAUACACUGAAUAGUGUUGAACAUACAGUAUCGCUUUCCAAAGAUGGAUCGAGGGUCGCCAUUGGAGAUCGAUGGUCCAAUGAUAGUAACCAUGGUAAGGGCCGAGUCUUCGAAUGGGAUGGUUCGUCUUUUCGAAAAUUGGGAGACGAUAUUUAUGGAGAAUCACGUUUGCAAACAACAGCCAGCGGUAUUGCACUUUCGGACGAUGGGUUAGUUGUUGCACUUUCUAUCGCUACGUUUGUACGAGUUUUUGAGUGGAGUGCAGGAAGUUGGACAAAACGCCGCCUCAAUCUAGAUGGUCGUUCUGGGGGUAGAAUUUCCUGGGAUUCGGUGGCUCUCUCUGGCGAUGGGAGCAUUGUCGCCCUUGGAUUAUGUGAAAGAGUACAAGUGUUUGAGUGGAAGGAUACUAAGUGGAUCCAAGUUGGCCAAACCUUAAAAGCCGCAUCUGGAGAAGGUCGACUUGGAUUUUCGGUUUCCCUAUCAUGUUCUGGUUCCAUGCUUGCCGUUGGUUCGUCGGGAUCCGACAGGGCCGUUUCAAAGGUGUACACGUUGGCUGAUGAGACUUGGGUAGAGCUAGGUGGUCUGAUUGGAGGCGAUUAUAGCACUAGAGCUUCACUAUCUAGUGAUGGGUCUACUUUUGUGGUUGGAUUAUAUUCGGGACGAUCAGGAUUUUUCGUUUCCGUUUACAACUUGAAUGAACCAUCGGACACUCCCACGAGUAGACCAAUCCCCUUAGCAAUCUCUGGACCACCUUCUGUACCACCUUCUGGACCAAGGCCAACAGACGGACAAACCUCAGGUACUUUGAGACCAAGAUGA